UACCACAGUGGUUGGGUGACUGAUGCUUCCGUCACUGAUCCUCCCGUCUGUUGUAAUCUCCUAAAUAGUUCUUGUUAAGCUCCUUUAGUGAGUGAAUUUGACGCCCGGAAUCGAAGAAAUUCAACUUGUAGCUUCAAGAGUGGACAACCCCAUAUGGUAGUUGUGUAUAGCAGUUGUACGACUGAGUCAUCUCCCCGGCAGCAGCAGAAGGCGACCAGCAGUUAUCACGACCACUGACGACUAAAGAUGGCGACUGAGUUCAGGAUCUUAGUGUAGGACUGAACUUGCCCGAGUCAAAGGAAUUCCACCUGUCCUGAAGAGGAUUCUUACAGCAUGCCAGAGAGACUCACGUAGACGUCCUUCGUUGUGUUGACUCAAACUGACGACUGAGCCUUUUGAUGAGUGUGUUAUGAAAGACUCAAAGUGGCCAUUGAGUCAGGAAUCCCUCCCGGUGACUUAAUCCUACACGACCCAGCCAAGCAGACUUAAACACGUGUUGAGGUGAAGAGGGUGGUGAUGGGUGGGGCCAUCGGGGGUCCAUGGUGGGUGUUGGCGGUGGGAGUACUUCUUCAGGCGGGUCCUGGUCACCUCUACCAGUUCAAGACGGGCCAGUGUCAGUCAAUCGCCCCCACAGUAUCCGAUUUCUCGCUGCAGAAGUUCCUGGGAAAAUGGUAUGUGAUCCAGGGAACCAACGUGGCCUCAAGGUGCUAUUCCCUGACACUGAGUGAGUCGACCACCUCCCCUGGCAGCUUCUCUCUGGCGGUGGACAAACAGCUCUUCUCCUUGAGGGCGGCGGGGGUGGUGCACAAGUUUCGCUACGAGGCACAGAUCUUCCCCAACCCAGAGAAUCCUGCCUCCAUGGUGCUACGUCUACCUUCCCAGGUGUAUAAUGAUGUGAGUCACGAGGUGGUGGGAACAGACUACACCAACUGGGCGGUGAUGUGGAGCUGUACGCCUAUUAUGUUCGGGCACCUGGAGUCUGGCCUCAUCCUCUCCCGCACCGCCACUCUGCCCCUGGAUAACCUCAUCGACAUCAGGACCACUCUGCAGGGCCUUGGCAUGGACUUGUGGGAGCUGUCGACAGUCCAACAGGGUGACUGUAAUCCAAAGUUAGGAGGUGGCUUUUUCACCCUGGAGCUGGCCCCUACACUGUCCAACACGGCUGUAGAUUGGGAUGUCCUUAUUCCUGUAGAAGACCUUCCUGCCCUCUCAACUACUGGCUGCUUUGUCCAGGAGGGCGACUUCUACUUGUACUUUGAGGUAUGUCCGCCAGGUAGCCAGAAUGUGAUCUUUCAGCCUAGUGAGGAAGGCAACGACGACUCCAUUCCUAGAGUGCCGGGGUCUACAACGACGACAUCUGGGGGGUCUGAAACAACCUCUGGAGGGACUGAUGGAGGUGAGGACUUGGAGUAUUACUACUAUUAUACGGAUGAAGGAGAAGACGAAGCCAUCACAAGUCCCCUGGAGAAUGUGGAUGUUGUUGACACGAAGGUUGAGAUAAGUGAUGAGGACUUGGAGGACAACUUGAGUGAUGAUGAUGAAUAUUAUUACUAUUAUGAUUAUUAUGAAGAUGAGGAAUACGAUGAUGAGGAAAAUGAUGCUAAAAUUGAAGAAAACAGCAGUAGUGAUAAAGAAAAAGACAAAGAAAAUGAUGACAAUGAAAAUAAUGAUAGCAACAGUAGAAGAGGUAAUGAAGAUACCAAUGAUAAUGAGGAUGGUGAUGAGUAUGAUUAUUAUGAAUAUUAUGAUGAUGAAUAUUAUGACGAUGAAUAUUAUGACAAUGACGAUGAAUAUUACGACGGCGACGAUGAAUAUUACUAUGACGAUAUUUACUACGAUGAUGAUGAUGAUGGAUACAAUGAGGAAGACACUGAAAAAGACACUACAAAAUCAGUCUUACCCUCGUCAUCCAGGGUAAGGAGAGCAGAUGACGACGAAGUUGAUAUAGAGAGAGAGGGACCCACUGCCACCCGCAUCACAAGAGACGCCCGACACAACGUCAUCAAGACCUCGCCUCCGACAAACGUUCACGAGGCGCCGGGAAAAGUCGUCGAGAAAAUGGAAAAGUUUAAACAGAUGGGAAAAACAGAGGAAAAACAAGAAAAUUUAAUCAAAGAUACUGGAAUAAUUAGGAAAAUUAUUUGGACUACAAGAAAUAUUUAUAAGAAGAAGAGGAGGGAGAAGAGGGACCUGAAAUUAGAGAAGAAGGAUACAAAGAUUAAAUUAGGAAGUGGGAAGGAUUCAGAGAAGAGAAAGGGGGGAGAGAAGAAAGACAAUAAGAAGAAUGAUGUGAAGAAAGAUGCAAGAAAGAACACACAGGGGGAGAAAAACAAUGCAAAAAAGACAACCGAAGUGAUGACAAAAAAUAAUAAGAAAGGAGAGACAAAGAAGAAUGAAGCAAAAAUGAAAAGGAUGAUAGACAAUAAGAUGAAGAUGAAGACAAAAACAAGAAAGAAAACCAGGAGUAGGAGGAAGAAUCAGAACCCAGUGGUAGCUAAAUUGAUCAUGGUGUCAGCACCCCUUCAGAGGUUCCUCCUGCAGCAUAAUGUGAGAGUUAAGCGCCUUCCCGUCAAACUCCGCUACACCGACCUCAGUGCCUUCUUCAGCGACCCGGACGAGCAGCGCCAACUACAACGGCUCGUCCGGGGCGCUGGGAGGAAGUGGAAGGUCGUACAGAGGAUGAAGACACUCAAGAAGAAUGGGAAGAAAAAUGUGAAGCUCAUUAAGAGGAAGAGGAGGAGGAGGAAAGGGCGUCCUGUGAUGAUGAAGACACAAAGACAGAAGACAAAGAAGAUGGGGAAAGUUAAUAAUAGAGGAAAAUUAAGAAGAAUGAAAAAGAUGGGAAAUAAUAAUAACCCAAGGAAAAAGAUGAGAACCAGAAGGAAACAAACUGAAGGAACGAAGAAAGGAAGAAGAAAACGAAGGAGAAAUAGGAAAAUUAAAAAUAACAACAGUAAAGACUUAAAUAAAAGGAAUAUGAGACAGAGGAGAAAGGGUAAGAGACAUAGGGUGAAUAAAAAGAGAAUGGAGAUAAGAAAACGUAAAACACAGAAAAAUGAGUUGAAUGAAAAGGAUGGAAAGAGUAAAAAGGAUAAAGGAAAACUGAAGAAAGGUGAGGAGAAACGUAAGAAAAUUAACAAAGUAAAAGAAGAGAAGGAAACCAGAAGUCACAGGCGACAAGAUCUGGAGAGUAUGGGGGGUGGGGGGGAGCACUGGGAUGACAUGCUGUUUCCGAAGUUCAUGUUGAACCUCAAGGGGAAGAAGAUCAUGGACAGAGCGGAGAUCCAGGGCACAUCACAGGUGUUUUCCAGCCUCACCAACAAGGACUUCCAGAUCUGCUUCCAGAAGUGGGAGGAGGGGAUUCAGCAUUGCAUUGAGGCUUCUGAAGAAUAUUUUAAGGGUGAUUAA